GUCUGGGGGUCUCCAAUGAAUAAAGUAACUGUCGGGCCGUAUGCGCAGAGUCAAAAUGUGCAUGCCUUCGCCACGUGUCCCUCCACCCUCACGCAUUCUUCUCUCUUCUCCCGCCAACCUCGCUCUCCCCAUUUCCCUUCCCCUCUCUCUCUCUCUCUCUCUCUCUCUCUAACAUGCCGUACACACCUCCCAUCCCAUUCAUACACAAAAUUGAAAAAAAAAAAAAGCAAAAUAAAAAAUCAGGAUGAAGAAUAAUCGUCAUUUGUCGAUACUGUAAAUUCCAGCCCUUUCUAACCAGCGUUCGUUUUUUUUUCACUUCAAAUAACGUUGAUUCUGAUGUAAAAUUAUGCAAUUGUGAAGAUGUCGAGAGGCAGAAGUACUGAUAUGGAUAAUUACAACAAAUACCCUCCUGGAAUUUCGUUAAUUAGGAGAAUCAGGGGUACAGAUUGGAGCGUAACCACAUACAGAUACGCCGUUCUGUUGGUCACAUUCAUCGCAUACACCGCUUACCACGCUUCUCGGAAACCCAGUAGUAUAGUCAAAAGCGUCCUGGAUCCGGACCCGAGCGGCAAUUCGGUCGGGUUUCGCCCCUGGCCCGCCGGCGAUAUCUUUAUCAAGCGAGAAUCCGCCAUUGUAAACACGAGCAGCGUAGAGCAAUUCGAAUUUAGGAAACACAUGGGUUGGCCUCCUUUCAAUGGGAAGGAUGGGACUUCGAAAUUGGGCGGAAUUGAUUUGGCAUUUCUCGGUUGUUACGCGAUUGGGAUGUACGGUGCAGGGCAUUUGGGUGAUAAAUUGGACCUUCGUAUAUUCUUGACUACCGGGAUGGUUUGCAGUGGUUUCUUCGUCGGAUUAUUCGGGAUGGGUUAUUUUUGGGAUAUUCAUGCUUUCUGGUUCUUUUUGUUGAUGCAAAUGCUUGCUGGUUUGUUUCAAGCCACCGGUUGGCCUUCGGUUGUUGCUGUUAUCGGUAAUUGGUUCGGGAAAAGGAAGAGAGGAUUGAUUAUGGGGAUUUGGAAUGCCCACACUUCGAUCGGAAAUAUUACGGGGUCGUUGCUUGCUGCAAGUGUUUUGCAGUAUGGGUGGGGGUGGUCUUUUAUUCUUCCUGGGGGGUUUAUAAUCCUAAGUGGGAUAAUGGUGUUUCUGUUCUUGGCUGCUUAUCCUGAAGAUGUUGGAUUCCCGAUCCCGAAUGGGGAUGUCGCAGCGGACGAGGAAUCUCAGGUAUCGAAAGAGCGUUUGCUUGUGAAUAGAGAGAAUUCUGUGAAUAGAACAAGUAUUGGACUUUUACAGGCUUGUUUAAUACCUGGAGUUAUUCCGUUUGCGCUGUGCCUCUUCUUUGCAAAGCUCGUCGCCUACACGUUUCUGUAUUGGUUGCCUUUCUACCUUAGCCAAACUGCUAUUGAGGGACAGUAUAUGUCGGUGAAGUCUGCUGGAAAUCUCUCUACCCUAUUUGAUGUUGGAGGAAUAAUCGGUGGAAUUCUGGCUGGUUAUAUUUCCGACAAACUUCGAGCACGUGCCACCACAGCUGCGAGCUUCAUGUAUGCUGCAAUACCUGCAAUUCUUCUGUACCGAAAAUACGGAAGCAUUUCAAAAGUGAGCAAUGUUGUUCUUAUGAUGAUAGCUGGCUUACUUGUGAAUGGUCCGUACGCACUUAUCACAACUGCUGUAUCUGCUGAUCUUGGCACUCACAGUUCUUUAAGAGGCGAUUCUCGAGCACUGGCUACAGUUACUGCCAUUAUUGAUGGUACUGGUUCUGUCGGUGCUGCCAUUGGUCCACUUUUGACUGGCUUUCUUUCCUCAAAGGGUUGGGAUCAAGUUUUUUAUAUGCUAAUUGCUGGUGCUUUUGCUGCUGGUGUCCUUUUAACUCAUUUGGUUAUAAACGAAAUAAGAGAGAAGUUCCCCAAACACUUGUCCAGCGAGCAAAACAAUUCUGCAGGUCUAGCAUCGCAGCCCCUUUUAAGUGAUCCUUGCAGCCCCUAAACCAAAAAAAUCUCCAGUUUAAACUUGUAAAAAUGUUCGCAGCAAUUUGGGUAUGAAAACAUUUCCUCUUGUAUAGUUUUGUUAAGUUAUGCAUACAAAUUUUGUCGAGUUUGGACCGCUACUGGUAUUGCAUUGUCUUUAUAGUUUUGAUAGCCUUAGUUAGUUUCAGGCUGAAGGAAAAAUAGUUAUAUUGUAUCAUUUGUUCAGGUACAGAUGAACCGGUUAGGUUUCUUCUGCGAUUCUGUUGUUUUCGUGUCCAUGUUCAUUAUCAAGUUCCUGUUUCUUGUAGUAUCCUCUGUUUUCUCCACCCUAAGUUUGAUUUCUUUUGUUGG